UGUGUGUGUGUGAGAGAGAGAGCGGGGGAGUUCCACGUUCGCCCAGGAGUUCCUGCAUAUUCUCGCCCCGUCCCGGCUGCUUUGGCCGGGGUCCCCUCUCUUUGCACGCGCGCAUCUUUUUCCCGUUCUACUCUCAUUCGGUCUUUCCUUUUGCUUGCCUAAGACUCUUAGUCCUGGUCCUUGCCCGGGCUGGGGUAAAUCUGUGCGCGCUCCCCACCUCUCCCCCCCCCCCCCCGCCCCCGCCGCCCCUCGCAGCUGAAUAUUUUCUUUCCAUUAAAAAUUUUUACCCAUACCUUCUUCGGUGGGGUCCCCGAGCAUUCUACUCUCUACCCACUUUUCUACCACUGGGCCACUCUCAGCAGAGUUUUAUUUUUCUGUCUUGCCCGGGCCGAGUCCGGCCGGGGCGGGUGGCUCGCACCCGGCGCUCCGCCGCCGCCGCCGCCGCCGCCCAGCUGCGCGGGGGCGCCCUCCGGAGAUGCUGCCGUGGAAGAAGCACAAGUUCGAGCUGCUGGCCGAGGCGCCGCCACGGCAGGCGUCCAAGCCCAAGGGCUACGCGGUGAGCCUGCACUACUCCGCGCUCAGCUCGCUGGCCCGGGCGUGCCCCGAAGGCGCGCUCAGCCGGGUGGGCAGCAUGUUCCGCUCCAAGCGCAAGAAGCUGCACAUCACCAGCGAGGACCCCACUUACACCGUGCUCUACCUGGGCAAUGCCACCACCAUCCAGGCGCGCGGCGACGGCUGCACUGACCUAGCGGUGGGCAAGAUCUGGAGCAAGAGCGAGGCGGGCCGUCAGGGCACCAAGAUGAAGCUGACUGUGAGUGCGCAGGGCAUCCGCAUGGUGCACGCCGAGGAGCGCGCACUGCGCCGCCCGGGCCACCUCUACCUGCUGCACCGCGUUACCUAUUGCGUGGCGGACGCUCGGCUGCCCAAGGUCUUCGCCUGGGUAUACCGGCACGAGCUCAAGCAUAAGGCGGUAAUGCUGCGCUGCCACGCGGUGCUCGUGUCCAAGCCCGAGAAAGCGCAGGCCAUGGCCCUGCUGCUCUACCAGACGUCGGCCAACGCACUCGCGGAAUUUAAAAGGCUCAAGCGGCGGGACGAUGCGCGUCACCAGCAGCAGGAGCUGGUGGGCGCGCACACCAUCCCGCUAGUGCCGCUGCGCAAGCUGCUCCUGCACGGACCCUGCUGCUACAAGCCGCCGGUGGAACGCAGCCGCAGCGCGCCCAAGCUGGGCUCCAUCACCGAGGACUUGCUCGGCGAACAGCAGGAGCAGGAGCUGCAGGAAGAAGAGGAAGAGGAGCACACCGAGGGCUGCCUGGAGGAGGAGGAGGAGGAGGAGGAGGAGGAGGAGGAGGAGGAGGAGGAGGAGGAGGAGGACCGUGUUGGGGAGGAGGACCCGGCAGCGGAAGAGGCCGAGGCGCAGCGGGCGCUGGUGGUGGCCAUGCACUUGGAAUGCGGGGACUUGCUGGACACGCUGGAGAGUGGCCGCGAGGAGGCGCUAGGGGGUGGCGGGGACUCGGUGGGCCCCGGGGCUAGGCCGCCGCCUCUGCUGCUGGGCAGCGCCUCUGACGUGAAGGCCGAGCUGUCGCAGCUUAUUAACGACCUUGGCGAGCUCAGCUUCGGCAACGACGUGCGCAGCCUGCAGGCCGACUUGCGGGUGACACGCCUGCUGUCCGGCGAGAGCACCGGCAGCGAGAGCUCCAUCGAAGGUGGGGGCCUGGACGCCUCCUCGGCCACCGCCGGGGACCGGUCGGGCCCUGACGACAGCGCGGGCCCAGAGGAGCCCCACUAGGGCUGAGAUCCCAGCAGCCUCCUGUGCGUGCCCCUAGCGCCCCACCGUGACUCCCCACGGGUCUUUUCGACAACCUCCUUACCCGCAGUUCUCCUCCCCCCUCCCCCAUCCCACCGCCCCCCUCCCCAGAAGCGGGGAAAUGGGACACUUGAGGCCCAGAGUUACCCUGCCCCUCUCCUUCGGCACAUUUGGCUCUGUUUGAAGAGGUGAAGAGGGCUGAGGUUGCGGGUGGAGACAUGCGAGGAGGCAAACCCUGCACGGAAGGAGAGAGAGGCAGGGGUGAGGGAAGGGCCCGCUGGUUAGUGGGCCCGCUGGUUAGCAGUCCCACAGGCAAGAGGUGCCUGCCGGCCAGUUUCCUGUUUGUGGGGCAGCUGGGGCCUGAGGAGGAGGGGUUAAUUUCCUCUCCACCCCACCGACCCGCCGGAAUAACAGUAACUGGGAGCGGCCUAGCGCUGUCCUUGACAUGUCAUUAAAAAAAAAAAAAAAUCUGCUCUCAACAAUGUUUGAGCCUCUAAUGCCACCUCCUUGCCCCAGUCUUUUUGGUGCGAGAGCUUGGGUUGUUUACCUCAGACUCAGACCCUUGAAAUUCUGCCAAAUUCCUCAAAUAACUGUUUAGGGGUGGUGGGGGGGGGGUGGGGAUGAAAGAAAGUUGCAUUUUGUUUACAGUUAAAGACAUCUAAUAUCUGAAAAAGGAGUUUUCCUUUCAAAACACACACUUUACUCCUGCUCAAAAGAUCUCCCUCCAUGAUACUGUGUAAAAUAUUUUGCACUGUUGUGAAGUAUUUUUGACCUUUUUUUUUUGUACAUAACUGUGUUCUCAGAGCUAAAUGUUUAUAUCUUUUGCUGUGCAAAAGGGACAUGUAAAAUGUUGUUCAGUUGUACAUACAGAAAUGUGUAUAAAACAUUUUGUUAUUUUUUAAGAGUAGCCCUGCUCUGGUUCUGUUUGCACGUCCAGCGGGGAGAGAAUAAAGAGGACAAUGUUAACAGAA